AAAUUUCGAGUAUACCCUUAUCCUUUCCGGCCAGCGCCGGCCACAGGCCACAGCUCCUCCCACCGUCACCAUGGCCGCCACCGCCACGUCCCUAGGCCUCGCUCUCCACCGCCGAGACCACGACCCUAGCUCCCACCGCCGCCCCGUCCCCUCCUCGUCCCUGAUCUCUACCUCCGCCUUCCGCAGCCGCAGCCGCAGGGCCAAGUGCAGCCGCAGGGUUGUGCCUCCACUGUCCGCUGCCGCCGGUGAUCUGGAAGUUGAGUACCAGUGUCAAGCAACUCCUCCAGGUUACCAAAGAGAAUUAAAUUCUUGGGGCAGAUUUUGAUGUUAUUCGGGAGUAACGUUGACAUAUCUUGAUGUUGAUGUGAUAUCGGGAGCAUUGCAUGCUAUGAAAUGACAUUAGCACCAUAUUUUCUAUGGAAGUAUCAGAAGGACAAACAUUGAAGCAUUCACCUAACAACGUAAUGCUGUCUUCAUCAAGUACAAAAGCUACUUCCUCCAUGGCUGACCAUGUUUCUCUUGGCAACCUCCACCACCACCCCAACAGCCAGUCCUCCUGUUUUGCUACCUCAAAACCAAACCAUGACAAUACCCAUAAAUGCAACCACUCCCCAAAAAUUCCUAGACGGUCUCUCGUCUUACUCCCUGCGUCCUCUCUUCUCCUCUCUGCGUCCUCCUCCUUUGCCAUAGACAAUUCAAACGCUUCAUCCUCCUCCACAAUUGACACCACCAUCACCGACCGCAUAUUCAUGGACUUUAGCAUCUGUCCAAGCUUCUUUAGCAAUGACCGCACGUUAGGAGCUGAACUUGCUACAUGCCCUGAUUCCGAGCCCCUCGGACGUGUAGUCUUUGGUCUCUAUGGUCGGCUACUCCCGAUCACUACUGCCAACUUCAAAACUACCUGCACUACUUCUGCAUAUCGAGGCACACUUGUCCACAAGGUGCUUCAAGGUCAGUUCUUUGCUGCUGGCCGACAAGGUUCUCGGCGUGAUAAAGGUGUGGUCCAACCUCCCUCAAAGCUUGUAAGAAAUGUUGAGACUGUUGAUCCUAAAGCGUAUCAACUAAGACAUGCAAGGCCUGGCACCCUAUCCCUGUGUCUUGAGCAGAAUGACGACGACGAUAGUAUCAAACUCAGUCCCAAUUAUCACAAUGUUGAAUUCCUGGUGACCACAGGGCCAGGGCCCUGUCCAGAGCUUGAUGAUCAGAACAUUGUCUUUGGAACUGUAUUAGAAGGAAUGGACGUUAUCACCAGCAUUGCAAGCAUCCCUACCUACAAACCAGGUGAAAGGAUCCAAUUCUUCAAUGAUUUUGCACAGCUGAUUGGCGAUGAAAGAGCUCAGUCUGCCAGAGCUAUGUGGGACCGCCCACAGAAAACCGUAUAUAUCAGCGGUUGCGGGGAGCUGAAAGUGACCAAGCCAUCCCUUUCCCCUCCUAGCUUGCCAUGAUAAGUACUGUAUAGAUGCAAUUUUCCUGUAAUUACUAUUCCAUGUAGCUGUAUCUCUACCUAUAAUAUGAUAUUCUGUAUCUUACAUAAAAAAAUGAAAACCAAUACCUCCACCCA